AUAAUAAAAUUCCCGCAUCAGUGCAUAAUGAACGACAAAGACGACAGCGCCUGGGUCUUCGACUCCCUGAUCGGGUUUCUUCAGGGCCCGGUUUGGUCCGCGCCUCUGAUUACCUUCAUAGAGGAAAAGUCGCUCAUAUUCGAAGCGGACAUAGAGGAAAACGACGAGUACCAGAAGAUAUAUCAAGAGUACAAAAAUUUGGUGGAUUUAUUGCUCGGUUGUUUCAUGGAAGACAUGGGAAUCACUCCGGAGCAAUUCGAGUACGCUUGUACCGUGAACAAAUACACGAAAAUGCCUAUACAGUUCCAACAAAACCUGUUCGAGCAGAUAUGGGCUGCGAACGAGUACGAGAUAUUCAAGAGGAUGAUGAUACAGAAGAACUUGGAACUGCAGUUGCAGGCUCUGAACGUGAUCGAGCAGAAGUACGGUCUGACGCCAGCCUCCUUGAUGUAUGAAACGGACGGAUCGCACGACGACACCUUGGUCAUGGAAGAAAUAAUUCAGAAACACGCUCUGGACGAUGAUCCAGAGGAAGAGCAGGAUAUAGAGGCGUCGGAGACGUCGCUGAUCAAGGAGCACGAGCGGUUGACGGCCAAAUACAACAACGAGAGAGCCCUGUUGGAAGAAGCUCUGAAGGCGUCGCAGCAGGACAAGACGCCGGAAACGGAGUCCCUGUCGUCGCCAACUGAGGAAGAAGAUAAAGAACAUGAUGAAAUAGAGAGUACUUCGAAAGUAGAAAGAACGAUCCCGCUCGAACCGACGUCGUCGGACGAGUCGAAAUCGGAAGAACAAAAUGUGUCGGAGGAGGACAUGAAGAAGAGGCAGGCUUAUCUGAAGGCCAGACGAGACAAGUUGGUGGCCUUGAAGAAGGAGGCGAGAAGUCAACGGCUAGAGAUGAAUUCGACGCGACCGAGUUCAGCCAGGACGGUCGCCGAAGCGACCAUAAAGGGGGAACGAGAACUAAAAUUACCGAUACCUCUGGAACCGUCCAUACUUCAAGUACGCAAAGCACUCGCGGCUCGCCUCCAAGCCGAGGUUGUGCGUAAGCAAACGAACUAAUAAUAAUCCUCGGAAAUUUUGCGUACCGAUUUCACUGAACUUCGCGAUCAUGCGAGAGGUAAGCUCGCGAUGAUAACGUUUCGCCGUGAAAAUGGUAAGGAUAGAUUUUUAGAACUUGAACAGGGCGACGGGAAUAUUUCUUCUCGGCGAAUUAAAGUAUAAAGUAUAAAAAGCUCGAAUGAAAUAAUAACGCUGUACGUCGUAAUGGGUAAAAUACCGAGCCGAAUUAUAAAAUAGAGGUGCCUUAUAGACGCGUCCGAAACGAUGAAGGAAUGAGGAAUUCUCCUAAAAGCUGUUUAGUUUUACAUGAGUUCUUGGUAAAUGCGUUCUUGGUAAUUGCAUCGACGGGGAUAGUACUUUCUAAGUAAAGCGUUAGAAACAUAGCGUUACGGUUGCACUAUUUCCGCUCGUAAGUACCGAUGAAAUCAUACAAAGAUUUUAAGGUCAUUUGCACUAUUUCCUCUCGGGCGUUCGACGCGUCUUUCGAUUUGAUCGUUGGUAAAAUUAAGUUACAACCAAAAUGAAUGUUUCGUUGUAAUUAUUUGCACGGCUGUCAAGAAAAUCCGAUCUAUAUAAAUAAAAAGCGGAACGGUUGCGUUUACUGUUCGGGUGCGUCACCGAUACUUUGUAAAUCGUCAGUUUCCUAUACUCACGCGCAUAGUUGUAUCCGCUCGGAUUCCCUUUUACGUAAAUACAAAGAAAACGUGAAACAACGUAAAUCGUGUAACGUUAAAAAUGCUUCAGCGAAAGAGACAAGCGGCAAUGUACGUUGAAAAAUCUUUUUUUACAUAUAAUUAUCUAAUAGCAUAAGUAUUAUAAAUCACAAUGACGGUAGAACUAAAACUGAUGACGAUUACAUCCAUACAAAGGAACGCAUUUUCCUUCCGAUUAAACAUUGAGUUUGCCUACUAUGACAAUCUUUGCCGUUUCGGGGAAGGUGUUACCUCCGUGUCCUCAUCUUCUUCAUCCGAAUCACCCUCGUAAUCGACUAAGCCCUGGAAGAUAUUUUAUUGAAUACGCAUUUUAAAUCAAGAAAUUAAUACGUCUACAAACUAUAAAACUGAAAUUUACCUUUUUAAAUAAUGCAGUACCAGUUUUUUCUACCGAGCCAAUAGGCGAAUUUGGAUUCACUUCCGAGAUUGCUGUUGCUGUUGCUGUUGAUGAUGACUUUUCGAAUCUGCAAGAGCAGGAUUAAGUGCGGAAUUUGAAGUUGACGACUGUUUCUUAGCUGAAGCCGGAGGCACAAGAUCUGCUGCUGCUGCGGGCACGACAGCUUCAC